UUCAGCUGCCCUCGAGAGUUAUCCAGCUCCGGAUUAAUACUCACCUUCAUCCAUUUAAUCUCUUUACAACGAUCUUCCCAAAACAAUCAUAAUGUGACAUAGUUUAGUAGUUAGAAAAUGCAAAACAAAACAAAGAGAAAGGAAGAAAGAUCCUUCUUAUUUUUCAAUUUUCUCUCUGGAGAUUUGGUCAAACAAGUUCUUCAGAACAACAAGAACCCCAAGUUCAAAACCUUAAUUUUAGGCCACACAUAUUUGUCAAGAUCAACGACCACCAACAGAUCGGUGAUGGUGGAAGAGGAGGAUCUUGAACUCGAAUCCUUUGGAAACAACAACAACAACAACAACAUUGAUCACAAGAAUCUCGUCGACAAAAAUGGCGUCGGAAAAGGUUGUCGUGAGUGUUGCUUGGGUCCGGUCGUUUGGUUCAGAAUGCUGGCGUCCGAAAUGCAUUGGAGCUUCGUGUUGGGAGUGGUUGUCGUUUACGGAAUAAGCCAGGGAUUGGGCGGAGCUCUUGCUCGUGUGGGGACAGAGUAUUACAUGAAAGAUGUUCAGAAGGUUCAGCCUUCUGAGGCCCAGAUUUAUGCCGGAAUUACUUCCAUUCCGUGGAUUGUUAAGCCUCUCUGGGGUCUUCUCACCGAUGUUCUCCCGAUUUUCGGGUAUCGAAGACGGCCUUAUUUCCUCUUAGCUGGUUCGCUUGGUGUCAUCUCCAUGCUCAUGUUGGCAGUGCAUGAAAAGCUGCAUCUCGUUUUAGCGCUUUUGUUUUUAACAGCUGGGAGUGCUGGGGUAGCAAUAGCAGAUGUGACUAUUGAUGCCUGCGUGGCACAGAACAGUAUUAGUCAUCCUUCACUGGCAGCUGAUAUGCAAAGCUUGUGCGCCUUGAGUUCCUCCAUCGGCGCGCUAGUUGGAUUCUCUAUAAGCGGUAUCUUUGUCCAUCUUAUAGGUCCCAAGGGCGUGUAUGGCUUGUUGACAAUCCCAGCUGGGCUUGUCUUUACAGUUGGGAUUGUGCUUAAUGAACCUCAUACACCUAAUUUCCCGUAUAAUCAGGUGAGUCAGAAGUUUUUCAAUGCUGGGAGCGCUAUGUGGACAACACUGAAGUCCCCAAGCGUUUGGAGGCCAUGUUUAUAUAUGUACUCGUCCCUUGCAUUAAGCUUGAAUAUCCUUGAGGGAAUGUUUUACUGGUAUACAGACGCAAAGGAUGGUCCAUCUUUCUCUCAGGAGAAUGUUGGUUUUAUAUUUUCCAUUGGUUCAGUUGGCGCCCUACUAGGGGCCUUGCUCUACCAAAAUGUUUUGAAGGACCAUCCUUUCAGAGACUUGCUUUUCUGGACACAGUUACUCUAUGGUUUAUCAGGAAUGCUAGAUUUGAUGCUGGUUUUGCGGAUGAAUUUGAAAUUCAGCAUACCCGAUUAUUUCUUUGUGGUGAUUGAUGAAAGUGUUUCACAAAUGAUCGGAAGGCUCAAAUGGAUGCCUCUUCUCGUGCUCAGCUCAAAGCUUUGUCCCUCAGGCAUUGAAGGAACUUUCUUUGCUCUGCUCAUGUCGAUUGAUAACGUUGGAAUUCUCUCAGCCUCAUGGGGAGGAGGUCUCCUGCUUCAUGUGUUGAAGGUUACUCGGACGCAGUUUGAUAACCUUUGGCUCGCGAUUUUGAUCCGAAACAUAUUAAGAAUCAGCCCUCUUGGUCUGCUGUUUUUGGUUCCUAGAGCUGACCCCAACUCUUCCAUUCUUCCCACUGAAAUCUUGAGCACAGAAGAGGAGACUGAUACACAGGAGGCAAAGAAUGUUGAAUUGGUCUCUCUUGUAAACAAUGUUGACAAUCCUAGAUAACCAAAACAGGAAAAAGAAAAAAAGUACAUUUACCUGAAAACCAUUUUCAGAUUAUAGUAUACCAACAGAUUGGAAACACCAAGGUAAAAGUCAAACUGCUUGAAGUUGAGACUGAAGGAAUUCUGCGGAUGGAUGUUACGUGCCUAGAAUUGUUACACCAUCAUUAUCUCAAAUACACCAUUUUUUUUUCAUUUCAGUACAAUAAUAUACACGUCCAAUAGAUAAUAGAGAAUAUUGCUUGCAUGAUUUUUCUUCUUGCCUGAUGUUUGAUAUAUGUAUACUAAAUAAUGCGAAGUUUUAUAUAUU